AUGGAUCAUGUAGAUGAAGAGAUCGAGAUCCCUAACUACUUUCUCUGCCCUAUUUCACUAGAGAUUAUGAAAGAUCCAGUCACGGCCGUUUCUGGCAUCACAUACGACCGUCAAAGUAUCGUUCAAUGGCUAGAGAAGGUCCCAUCUUGUCCCGUGACGAAGCAGCAUCUUCCUUUAGACUCCGAUCUUACGCCUAACCAUACGCUUCGCCGUCUGAUACAACACUGGUGUGACGAGAACGCGACGCGUGGCGUUGCUAGAAUCCCUACGCCUAGAGCUCCUCCAGGGAAGCUUAACAUCGUUGAGGAGAUCAAGAAUCUCAAAAAGUUUGUAGUAGAAGGAAGAGAAGAAACGUUGAAGAAGCUUGAAGUUUUGGCUAUGGAGGGAGAGACAAAUAGGAGAAUGAUGUGUGAAGCAGGCGUACAUAGAUCUUUGAUCUUGUUCGUAGUCAAGUGUACUCUUGAAGAAGAAGAGGAGGGACAACAUCUCAAUGGACACCUAGAUGAAUCUCUACGUCUUCUUCACUUGAUCGGUGUUCCAUUAAACGACGCAAGAGCACUCUUGAUCGAAAACGAUCAAAUCUUGGAAUCAUUGACUCUGAUCUUACACCAGCAAGACUUCAUCAACAAGGCUUACACAAUCGUUCUCUUGAGGAAUCUAACGGGAAAUGCUUCCUCUCAUAUCGUCCAAAGGUUCGGUGCCGAGAUUUUGAAAGGGAUCAUAGGUUUUCUCAAGGAUGUAGUAAUAAGUAGUUUCAAUCUCACUAACCCUAGCGUGAGUGCUACGUUACAACCAUCAAGUUCUAGCGUGAGGUCAAAACUUGAUCGUAGCCUUGUUAUCAAACGUGGUGUGACUGCAGCACUAAUGAUUCUUCUAGAGACCUCUUCUUGGAGCCAGAACCGAACCAUCCUCGUGGAUCUUGGCGCGGUUUCGCAACUCAUCGAACUCGAAAUAAGCUACAGCGGCGAGAAGAGAACCACUGAACUUGUGUUGGGAAUCUUGUCUCAUUUAUGUUGCUGCGCAGAUGGUAGAGGCGAGAUGCUUGCUCAUGGAGGCGGAAUCGCGAUUGUGACAAAACGGGUAUUGUGGAUUUCGACUGCAGCAGACGAUAGAGCACUCUCUAUCCUAAGCACACUGUCCAAAUUCUCGCCGGAGAACGAAGUAGUGAACGAGAUGGUUUGUGUCGGGACGGUUGAGAAGCUUUGUUCGGUCCUGAGAGUGGACUGUGGUUUGAGCUUGAAGGAGAAAGCGAGAGAGAUACUUAGAGAUCAUUUUGAUGAGUGGAAGAGGUUCACAUGCAUCGAUGUACCUCUGCUUACUAAGCUUCUAAGCUCUUAGAGCAAUAAUUAAUAGGUAGAGAGAUACAUUCC